GAUCCGCGCUUAUUCUCGGCAUACAGCCGACCAGUCACCACUCAGACGGCGUAUCUACUGCUGUCAGUUACGCGAUCUCUUUUCCUUCCUCUAUUUGAGCGCGCGUUCCGUUCUACCCUCCUCUUUUUCUUUUUCCCUUUCUCUUUAUUCGUUGAUUGCGCUUUCGCUGAUUUUGUUCGACCAGCGCGAAGUUCGAAAAAAAACGUAGUGGUGUGUAUGCGUGCGGAAUUGACGGGGAGGGGGAGCGAUUAUUCGAUCUGCGAAUCGAUUUUGGAGGGUGGAGUCGACGGUGCUCGAUCCACGACGCGAUAUACUUCACUAAUUAUGAGAUUUACGCUUCUCGAUCUCGUCAUUAAGCGGCACAAGAAGGGAAACAGAUAGGAAUCUAUCGAUUAGCUGAUCUCGUGAUAGCCAGCAGGCAAGACUGUGGUGGAAAAGAGAGCGCCAAAUUUUUCGGGCGUUCUUAGGAGGGAAAAAUGUUUAAGUGUCAGUGAUAUAUUUUGAGUCGAUGGUGUAUGGGAUUUUUCAUGUGAGACUGUUGAUCUGUUGCUGAAGAUUGAUGCACAGUGUUUGAUAGUGAUCGUAAGGGAUGAGUUACAUUCACGAGCGAAUUAAGUGGCUUUCUUUACGCCCAUCUUGAGGAGGUGUCCUUUUAAUUGCAGUGCAUCCGAAAAACUUUAUUCGGAGUACGGUUUUAAAAUUUAAUUAUCGUAACUUACGUCAACUUUAUUUUGUCAUAGAACUGCAGUAGCAAUUAACUUCUCAUCUGAUCUAUGAGAAGCGAAUCAUUAUGACGCCCUUUUAAGAAGCUAAAUCAUCUAUUCAUCAUCGUUGGAAUGUGCACGAUGCUUCUCAAAUAGAUAUUAUAUACGUAAAGCGAUCUUUUCAUAACGACAGAAAUACUGUGCUCCAGCGUAAUGUUUGAAUUGCAAGUGAAAUCGAAGUCAAAAAAAGAAUCAGAAUCGGGCUGAGUUGGAAGUAUUAAGGAAACAAGAAAAACAAAGAAAUCAAAGAUAGCAUUACGAGGCACAAACUGAUGAUAGUUUAGAGCACGUUGCUUUCCGGUAGAUCUGGUGCUCAAAUAUCUCUUUCAACCAAUCUUUCGUGAUUCGCUACAAUUUAUCGUGAGAAGAAUUUUAUUGAAGUUUGUACUGAUUGCGGCGAAGCGGAUUGCCAUUCCGAUACAUCGUCCGUCUAACUUCUCUCUCGUCUGGAUACCUAAUAAUAAAAAAAAGUCACAAAAUACUAAACAAAGGUGAUUGCGACGCAGCAAACAACAGUGACGAAUUGCUCGAGUGGUGACGGAGGUGGUAGUGGCGGUGGCGACGGCAGCGGUAGCGAUAGCGACGGAUAGGAGAGACUCACGUAUGCGACCGCGAUUGACACGGUAGAGGUGGUGGAGGUAGAGGUCGACGAGGUUAAGAUGGAAGCUGAGGACCAUCUUGCAAGGGAAUACGUGCAGGAGUUCGUUCUCGAUCAUCUGGAUCCGGCUGAUGUCAAGCGAGAGGUACGAAUGGGUUCACCGGCGGUAAUGGUAAAUGGCAGCGUGGUACAGCUUUCGGGACAAGUGCAAUCGCAAGGUUUGACUCUGGCACCAUUAACGCCACCCGCGCACGAGUUAGAACAGCCGCAUCCACUUUAUGGUCAGCCUCACAUUCAGGUGCAACAUGGCGUCUUAGUGAAGGCACCGCCUGGCGCCGCGGCGCAUCUCACCACGCUGUCGCAUCCGGGCACGCCGCCGGAUACGCCGCCUGUUUCGGCAUCGCCGCCGCCGUUGCAGCUUCACCGUGGCGAUCGGGAUUCCCGCGAUGCGCGAGAUCUUCGUGACCGCGGCGGUAUACUGCUGCAACUGCAGCAACCGGCGGCGUUGGUGCAGGAGGAGAUGCAAGUGGGUACGGGUGGCAUGGGCUGGCUGACGCAGUCAUUGAGACAAGAGCCGCUGGACUUGAGGCCUCACUGUCCUCAAGAGCAAACCUCGGAGGCUCAUCAUGAACCUUGGCCAGCAGCACCGGCGCAUCAUCAUUUCCAGGAGUUGCAACAUUUGCCACGACCCACUAGGCACACUGGUGGAUAUCUGACAAUGUCAAGUCAUCUAGAGUAUUAUAGUGGUCCGGGUGCAGGAGGAGGAAUGCUUCCCGCAGGCGGGGGUGUGAUGCAGGGUAUGGAGGACAGCAUGCAAGGUUUAUCAAUACAACCGGGCAGACCGUUGAGCGUUUGCUCCGUGAGUUCUUGCAGCGCUGGUGGGCCUACUCCAGCUCAUCGCUCGGGUAAUGGCCUGUACUCCAAUUGUAAUGGUACACCUCAAGAGGAACUCAUGGAUGAUGAGCUUUUGAUGUCGCUUUCUGUACGCGAACUCAACAAACGUCUUCAUGGUUGUCCACGGGAACAGGUCGUGCGGCUGAAGCAAAAGCGGCGAACGCUAAAGAAUCGCGGUUACGCUCAGAAUUGUCGUAGCAAGCGGCUACAGCAGCGGCAGGAUCUUGAGAGCACCAAUCGGAACUUGCAGAAUGAACUCCAGCGCACGAAGAUCGAGCUGACGCGGCUUCAACAGGAACGCGACCUUUACAAGCAAAGAUACGAUAUGUUGAGAACGCGACAGAAUCAUCAUCACAAUCACAAUCAUAGCCAUCAACAGCAGAUGACACAGCAACAACAGCAGCAGCAGCAGCAACAUCAAACCCAAAGUCAGCAACCGCAUCCACAGCAACAACAGCAACAGCAACAUCAGCCAGCACCAGCGAGUCCUGAAGUCUAUCUGUGACAUCGACAGCGCCGAGGAGGCGCUUGUUGGACUUGAAGAGUCAUUUGUUGCGUCGAUGGAUUCUUCUGUCGUUUUUCAGAUAUGACAUCGUUCGAAAGACGUGCCAAGGCUAGGCCGUAUAGGACAUCAACUUUUUCUUUUCAUCGAUUUCUUCUUCCAUCCUUCGUCAUCUUGCGUUACUGUACAUACAUUGGAACCUUAUGGCCGCCCGUGGGCUGCGGGGGAGAAGCGGCUAGUUCCUUCCUAGGCGUAUACCGACUGGUGAUUUAGUGAGAUCCGAUCUGCGAGUGGAGUGGCCGAUCAGCUGGACCAUAAAUAUCAGGUGUUUUUUUGCUUGCGUAUAACACACACAUACAUAUAGGUACACUUCUUUUUCGAGUAAAAUAAGAUCUUCAGUGAGAGAGACAGCAGUCAAUUUCUCGUAAAUGUUUAGCUCCUCUCUUCUUAGAUUUCUUUCAAUUCGCGAGACGGAAAUCUCUGAUGUAUGUUCCUUACAUUCGUUUUUUUUUUGGCGUAUGUAAAAAAAAUGUUAAUGCUUGCGACAUCCAAUUAUUUACGAUCAAUAUUUUUAUAAUUGAGCAUUUUUCUUGCCGUCAUGUUUCUAACCGUCAUGUUUCUUGAUGGAAUUGAUGGAUAACUAUAAUGGAAAAUAUUGUAAUUAUAUUUUUAGGUAAACAUGUUUUUCGCGACAGUCUUUUGCUCGAAAUCGAUCAAGUCGUAAACUAUAUCAAAGACGUUAUCGCGCGACGUAGCUUAACAGAGUUUAAACUGCGUUACAUUGCGUUCAUCAAAACGUUUUGCAACGUUGCGUCUCUUAUUGUGAUUAAAUAAAGUCAGAUCUCUUCAGAGGAGGAGCUUAAAAUUAUGUACAGUAUAUAGAAGUCGGCACUCUAAUUUCUCGAAAUUUUAGUGCCUAUAAGACGCGAUUAUUUACUCAAUUAUAGUUAUUAUCGCGCACGAACGCGAGAAGAAUCUACGGUCGCUCCUCUGGAAAACUUAACUGCACUUUUAUAGCGCUCUCCUCUCGACUUUAAACGAAUAAUUUUUAUCCGCUAAACCGCCACCGCUGUCGCUACCGCGCAUUCCACCCUUCCGAUGCUGCCCUUGUCGUUCCGAGCGACCCCUCGUAAAAUUAAGUCAAACAGCCACGGGGUGCCGGGGUGCCAUUCGCUUUUUCGUGUUAUGUUCUUCGUCCCUGUUAAGAGGAACCGAGUGCGACACUAGUCGCUUUUGCAAACGGCCA